GAAAAGACUUACAGCAAGAUGAAUAAUCCAGCUAUCAAGAGACUAGGAAAUCACAUUAUCAAAUCUCCUGAAGACAAGCGAGAAUACCGUGGAUUAGAGCUGGCCAAUGGUAUCAAAGUACUUCUUAUCAGUGAUCCGACCACGGAUAAGUCAUCGGCAGCACUUGAUGUACACAUAGGUUCAUUGUCAGAUCCUCCAAAUAUUGCUGGCUUAAGUCAUUUUUGUGAACAUAUGCUAUUUUUGGGAACAAAGAAAUACCCUAAAGAAAAUGAAUACAGCCAGUUUCUUAGUGAGCAUGCAGGAAGUUCAAAUGCCUUUACUAGUGGAGAACAUACCAAUUACUAUUUUGAUGUUUCCCAUGAACAUCUAGAAGGUGCCCUAGACAGGUUUGCACAGUUUUUCCUGUGCCCCUUGUUUGAUGAGAGUUGCAAAGACAGAGAGGUGAAUGCAGUUGAUUCAGAACAUGAGAAGAAUGUGAUGAACGAUGCCUGGAGACUCUUUCAGUUGGAAAAAGCUACGGGGAAUCCCAAACACCCCUUCAGCAAAUUUGGGACAGGAAACAAAUAUACUUUGGAGACUAGACCAAACCAAGAAGGCAUUGAUGUAAGGCAAGAACUACUGAAAUUCCAUUCUACUUAUUAUUCAUCAAACUUGAUGGCAAUUUGUGUGUUAGGUCGAGAAUCUUUAGACGACCUGACUAAUCUGGUAGUAAAGUUAUUUUCUGAAGUAGAGAACAAAAAUGUCCCAUUGCCAGAAUUUCCUGAACACCCUUUCCAAGAAGAACAUCUUAAACAACUUUACAAAAUAGUACCCAUUAAGGAUAUUAGGAAUCUUUAUGUGACAUUUCCCAUACCUGACCUUCAGAAAUACUACAAGUCAAAUCCUGGCCAUUAUCUUGGUCAUCUCAUUGGGCAUGAAGGUCCUGGAAGUCUGUUAUCAGAACUUAAAUCAAAGGGCUGGGUAAAUACUCUUGUUGGUGGGCAAAAGGAAGGAGCCCGAGGUUUUAUGUUUUUUAUCAUUAAUGUGGACUUGACUGAGGAAGGAUUAUUACAUGUUGAAGAUAUAAUUUUGCACAUGUUUCAAUACAUUCAGAAGUUACGUGCAGAAGGACCUCAAGAAUGGGUUUUCCAAGAGUGCAAGGACUUGAAUGCUGUUGCAUUCCGGUUUAAAGAUAAAGAGAGGCCACGGGGCUAUACCUCUAAGAUUGCAGGAAUAUUGCAUUAUUAUCCCUUAGAAGAAGUGCUUACAGCUGAAUAUUUACUGGAAGAAUUUAGACCUGACUUAAUAGAGAUGGUUCUUGAUAAACUCAGACCAGAAAAUGUCCGGGUUGCGAUAGUUUCCAAGUCUUUUGAAGGAAAAACUGAUCGCACGGAAGAGUGGUAUGGAACCCAGUACAAGCAAGAAGCUGUACCAGACGAAGUCAUUAAGAAAUGGCAAAAUGCUGACCUGAAUGGAAAAUUUAAACUUCCAACGAAGAAUGAAUUUAUUCCUACGAAUUUUGAGAUUUUAUCAUUAGAAAAAGAAGCAACACCAUACCCUUCUCUUAUUAAGGAUACAGCUAUGAGCAAACUCUGGUUCAAACAAGAUGAUAAGUUUUUCUUGCCAAAGGCUUGUCUCAACUUUGAAUUCUUCAGCCCAUUUGCUUAUGUGGACCCCUUGCACUGUAACAUGGCCUAUUUGUACCUUGAGCUCCUCAAAGACUCCCUCAACGAGUAUGCAUAUGCAGCAGAGCUAGCAGGCUUGAGCUAUGACCUCCAAAAUACCAUCUAUGGGAUGUAUCUCUCGGUGAAAGGUUACAAUGACAAGCAGCCGAUUUUGCUAAAGAAGAUUAUUGAGAAAAUGGCUACCUUUGAGAUUGAUGAAAAAAGAUUUGAAAUUAUCAAAGAGGCGUACAUGCGAUCUCUUAACAAUUUCCGAGCUGAGCAGCCUCACCAGCAUGCCAUGUACUACCUCCGCUUGCUGAUGACUGAAGUGGCCUGGACUAAAGAUGAAUUAAAAGAAGCCCUGGAUGAUGUCACCCUUCCUCGCCUUAAGGCCUUCAUACCUCAGCUCCUGUCACGGCUGCACAUUGAAGCCCUUCUCCAUGGAAACAUAACAAAGCAGGCUGCACUAGGAAUCAUGCAGAUGGUUGAAGACACCCUUAUUGAACAUGCUCAUACGAAACCUCUCCUUCCAAGUCAGCUGGUUCGGUAUAGAGAAGUUCAGCUUCCUGACAGAGGAUGGUUUGUGUAUCAGCAGAGGAAUGAAGUUCACAAUAACUGUGGCAUCGAGAUAUACUAUCAGACAGACAUGCAGAGCACCUCAGAGAAUAUGUUUCUAGAGCUCUUCUGUCAGAUCAUCUCUGAGCCUUGCUUCAACACCCUGCGCACCAAGGAGCAGCUGGGCUAUAUCGUCUUCAGCGGGCCUCGUCGAGCCAACGGCAUACAGGGCUUACGAUUCAUCAUCCAGUCAGAAAAGCCUCCUCACUACCUAGAAAGCCGAGUGGAAGCUUUCUUAAUCACCAUGGAGAAGUCCAUAGAGGACAUGACAGAAGAGGCUUUUCAAAAACACAUUCAAGCAUUAGCAAUUCGUCGACUAGACAAACCAAAGAAACUGUCCGCAGAGUGUGCUAAAUAUUGGGGGGAAAUCAUCUCCCAGCAAUACAAUUUCGACAGAGAUAACACAGAAGUUGCAUAUUUAAAGACACUUACCAAGGAAGAUAUCAUCAAAUUCUACAAGGAAAUGUUGGCAGUAGAUGCCCCUAGGAGACAUAAAGUAUCCGUCCAUGUUCUUGCCAGGGAAAUGGAUUCCUGUCCUGUCGUUGGAGAGUUCCCAUGUCAAAAUGAUAUAAAUUUGUCACAAGCACCAGCCUUGCCACAACCUGAAGUGAUUCAGAACAUGACCGAGUUCAAGCGUGGUUUGCCACUGUUUCCCCUUGUGAAACCACAUAUUAACUUCAUGGCUGCAAAACUCUGA